AUGUCUGUAAUACUAAAUAGUACGCCGGAUACUACAACGACUCCAAAAGAGUGGCCAAGUUUAUCUCGUAAUGAAAUUACUUUGAAAUGUAAAUAUGUUGCAAGAACUUCACAACUAGGUGAUGGUAAUUUCAGUGUGGUUAAAGAAUGUAUGAAUGUGCAUACAAAGGAACUGUACGCAAUGAAAUUGGUUCACAAACAUUUAGUCAAGAAUAAAAUUCAAUUAAUUCAAAGAGAAUUCGAUCUUUUGAAAACACUUUCUGAUAAGAUUAGAUCUAUUGAAGAAAAUGCUACUUUAUCAAUAGAUAGUACCGAUGUCUUUCAAGGUCACCAUCAUAUUUUGCAACUAUUCGAUUUCUUUGAGACUAAAAAAUCUAUUGUAUUAAUUACUCAACUUUGUCAACAAAAGGAUCUCUACGAAAUGAUAAUAGAUACUCAACAUCUCGAUUUAAAUAAACAAGUCAUGCCCUAUGCCGCCUGUCUGUUAAGUGCUUUAGAGUUUUUACAUGAUGAAAACGUUGUCCAUAGAGAUAUUAAGGCUGAAAAUAUACUUUUCAGACUGAAUAAAGAUAUUGAAAAACCAAAAUCUUUGGAUUCGGAUUACGAUGUAUCAGCACAUGAUUUGAUUAUAGGAGAUUUCGGUUUAGCUACCAAUUUAAACGCUUCCAAAAAUUCAUUAAAGGAAUACGUUGGUACUGUAUCAUAUAUUUCCCCGGAAAUUGUAGCAUGUAAAGGUAUUGGUACAUUUUCUCAAGAUCAAAUAGAUAAAAUUACACCAUAUGGUUUUCCCGUCGAUAUUUGGGCACUUGGUGUAUUAACAUAUUUCAUGGCCCUCGGCUAUACACCCUUUGAUUGUGAAACUGACGAUGAAACGAUAGAUUGUAUUAAAAAAUGUGACUAUUACAUUGAUGAAGACGUAUUGAAUGAUUCAAAGUAUCAAGAGUUUUGGAGUUUCUUACAGUGUUGUUUCAUUGUAGAUCCAUUCAAAAGACGCACUGCAAAACAGUUAAAAUCACAUCCAUUCGUAAAGAAAUAUUUUACUAAUGAUAUCUCAACAACUGAUUUCACUCCAUUUAAGCCAAUGUUGAAAAAACAUAAAUCUUUUUCAUCCUUACACGUCCUCAAGAGGCCACCACCACCAAUAAGAAAGGAUUCUCUCAUUACCCUUUCAAAUAACUCAGCAUCUCAGCUAGGAACUUUCUUUAAUACAAAUGAUUCAUCUACACAAACCACUCCAUUAAAUAACAGUAAGGUGGAUAUCCCACUGAUGCUAUCUACUCGUGAUAAGAGCAUAAAUAAGAUUAGAGAAACCUUAAGGAAAACUUUAUCAACGACGAAUUUACCAAAUCACAAUAGAGUCACAAAAUCACAACCACCAAGCAGUGCAGCAUCCAAUUCAACUUUCUUCCUGGACCCGCAACCACCUUCAAAUUUCUUAAUGAAUGGUGGAUUCUGUGACACACCAGAAUCGCUUUCCAAUUUCUCAACAACUCCAAGAUCUUCUCUCUCCAGGAACAGUUCAUAUAAAAACUUAUCGAGAAGUAGCUCGUUGACAAACAUUAAAUUCAAUCUUGUUAGCAGUGCAAAUAAUGAUAACGACAAUAACCAUCAUCGUGUCAGAGACACAGAGAGACCUAAAUUUGAUUUCUUCUUUGGUGACGACGAAUAG